AUGUCAGGUGUCGGGGAAAUUUUGAAAGCAGUUGGUGAUUUUGGGCGAUUCCAGAAAUGCCUGGUGCUGCUGUCUGUGAUCCCCUGCCUCAGUGUGGCUUUCCACCAGUUUUGCCAGCUCUUCAUGGUGGUGGAAGUGCCUCACCGCUGUGACACCAGCUGGAUCCUCGCCGUGGGCCCCAACCUGACAGAGGAAGAGCAGCUGAACCUCACCCUGCCCCGGGGCCCCAACGGGCACUUUGAGCAGUGCUCCAUGUUCUCCCCGGUGGACUGGGACCUGGAUUCCAUCCUGGCCUAUGGGCUGAACCACACUGAGAAGUGCAGCAGUGGCUGGGUGUACCCCUCCGAGCAGCCACCGUCCCUGCUGACCGAGUUUGACCUGGUGUGUGACAGGAAGGACCUCAAUGACAUUGCCCAGGCCAUCUACAUGGCAGGGCUGCUCCUGGGAUCCAUGAUCUUUGGGCCUCUGAGUGACAGGAUCGGCCGCCGCCCGGUCAUUCUGAUCUCCGUCUUCCUGCAGGGCUUGUUUGGCCUGGGAAUUGCCUUUGUGCCCCAUUUCUAUGUGUACAUGGCCUUCAGGUGUGUGGUGGGGGCCUCCGUGUCAGGCAUCACCAUGACAUUACUGGCCUUAGCUACAGAAUGGAUCGGUGUCUCCUCCCGGCCAAAUGCGGUGCUCACCUCUCACUGCUGCUUUGCCAUCGGGCAGAUGAUUUUGGCUGGUUUGAGUUACGGGAUUCGCAACUGGAGGCUGCUGGAGAUUGCAGGAUCUGCUCCUAUGUUUGCCCUUUUCUUCUAUAUUUGGGUGCUCCCAGAGUCAGCUCGCUGGCUGGUGACCAAGGGCAGAAUCGAGGAAGCCAAGAAGGUGCUGCAGAAGGCGGCGGCCACCAACAAGUGCAGCCUCCCACCAGAGCUCCUGGAGCAGUUGAAGCCUGAGAAAGAGGUCAGGUCUGGAAGUUUCCUGGAUCUCUUCCAGAAGAAGCACCUGCUGAAGGUGACUUUAAUCAUGUCAUGUGCCUGGUUUGUGAACAGCUUUGUCUACUACGGGCUGAGUCUGAACGUGACAAAUUUUGGCCUGGACAUCUACCUGACUCAGCUGGCCUUUGGAGCAGUGGAAAUCCCAGCCCGUUUUGCUUGUAUCUUCACCCUGCAGAGGUUCGGGAGGAGGAAGACGCAGGCUGUUCUCCUGGUGCUGAGUGGCCUGGUGUGUCUGAUCAUCACUGGCAUCCCUGAAGACCAGCCCGUGGCAACCACCGUCCUGGCCACCAUUGGCAAGUUUGCUGCCUCGGCCUCCUUCUCCACCUCCUACGUCUAUGCUGCUGAGCUCUUCCCCACGGUCGUCAGGCAGACGGGCGUGGGGCUGUGCUCCGUGUCGGCGCGGGUGGCCGGGAUCCUGGCCCCGCUGGUCCGGCUGCUGGGCCAGCACCACCGGGCCAUCCCCAUGGCCAUCUUUGGCAGUGCCCCCGUGCUGGGGGGGCUGCUCUGCAUCCUGCUGCCUGAGACCUGUGGCACUGACCUGGCAGAUGACACAGGGGAUGGCCACCCUCCAGCUCAGGUCUGUGAAAAUGCCACCAGCAGCUCUCAGAAUGGGCAGGUGAAAGGAAAAGGUGCUGACCAAGACAAUGAGAGCACGAAGACCACCUACUUCUAG